CAGAAUGUAGAAGAAAAUUUCGCCCCUCUGAUCGCAACUCUUUGCGAUUGGUCAGUGGCGACCUCCUCAGUAAAAUACGUUUUCUAACUUUGACCUCGCCGCGGACACACCUCGGAGCAGUUCCACAGAGGACCGGGAAACGCGGAACUUCUCGAUGCUAAUGAAGUCAACGCUAUCCUCGGACAUAUUUCGUCCUCUAGAAUGAGCUUGCCGAUGCCAGAAGGCUUUUCUGUUAAAAGGCAUCCUCGAAUUAAGAUCGCUGACUCAAUUCCACCGUUUCGGUUCAGAGUUGCAACAGAGUAAUAAAAGGAACAAGGAACAUAAAAACCCAGAAGGGUCAACAGUUUUCCUGACUGCGUUUAUAAUAUUUGCAAAAGCAACAAGAAGAAUAAACAUUUUCAAAAAUUUUGCUAUAAAAAAACAAUAUUAAAAUUAUUUUUCGCUAGAUAGUAACGGAAAAAAUGUAUUAUGAGAUCGCUUAGUUUUCGAUCAAAAAACAGCGGAAAACGCAGAAUUCGUUUUGACUUUCAACACUUUUUCUAUCACGCCGCACGCGCGAUCGGAUGUUUAGAUCAUUUCAUCAAUUGUUCAUGUUGUCGUUUGAAGAUUCGAACGUGUUUCUUUGUCAACAAUAAAAGUGGAACAAAAAAUAUUACGAGGUUCAUCCGCAUCAUCGAUGAAGAAAUAUUACCAACGAAAAAGAAAAUGGAUUUGUUAUCUAAUAAUUGGCGCAAAACAAAGAAAGGGGUGUUGGCAAAACUUCAAUAUUUGUUAGUUAGCGGUCAAUGGAGUGACUGUAUAUUUCUAGUUGGGAUACCGCCGUGCCAAGAAUUUUUGAAAGCUCAUAAAGUCCACUUGGCGUUGUCGAGUCCAGUAUUCGAGACUAUGUUUUUUGGGAGUAUGUCUGAAGGCACAGAACCGAUAAAAGUACCGGAUGUAGAACCGGCGACUUUCAAAGCUAUGUUAAAAUUUAUUUAUACCAAUGAAUUAUCGCUCCCUCAUUUGGACCGGGCCAGAGACCUUUAUUGCUGUGCAAAUAAAUAUAUGAUGCCGGAUCUUGCUGAGAACUGCAGUAUCUAUAUGAAGUCCAAUCUCGUGCCUGGAAAAGUAUGCGAAAUUUACAAUUGUGCUAAUCUUUUUGAAGAUUCCGAACUCUUGGAGGAGUGUCUUCAUUUCAUGUGCACAGUAACAAAAAAAAUCUUGACUGACGAAAACUGGUUGCAGACUCCAGUGUCUGCUAUUUCUGUACUCUACGAACAAGCCAACCUCGCAAUUGAUUCUGAAAAUGAUCUUUACAAAGCUCUACUUGAAUGGUCCAAAGCGGAAUGCCGCAGGAAAGCUCUUCCUCAUGAUCAAAAAUCUUUGAGAUCCGUCGCUGAUGAACCUUUGAGCAGAAUACGGUUUCUCACUUUGACCCCCACUGAAUUCGCCGAUGGGCCAGGAAAGGCUGAAAUUCUUGACAGGAAUGAAAUUCUUGCUGUACUCAUGAAUCUCGUGUCCGACAAGAGUACGAUACCUGUACCUCCAGGCUUUUCUAAUGAAAAAAAUCCCCGAAAUAGGGUCAGACACAAAAUUCCGAUAAAAAGUUGCGAAGAGCUUCACUGUCAUCGAAACUCUUAUCCCACAUCAUCCAACAUUUUUAAUAAUGGCGAGAUUCGGUGUUAUUUGUCCUUCCGAGUUGAUACAAAUAUAAAAAUUCAUGGUAUUACAGUACCGACACAAGUAUCUGAGAUGUCCAGAAAACCAAGGGAACAAUAUGUGGAAGAUAUGGUUGUUGUUCUACUCGUUCCGAAUGAGACAUCUUCGUGGCCUACAAAAUAUUCUAUCGACUACAAGGACACAGCGAUUCGUGACAGCACUGUGGACAUACGAUUCAACCGUGCCAUUGUUCUCAAAAGCCACGUGGAUUAUCGGAUCGUUGUUAAAUUCAAUAAACGUGGAAGAUAUCCGGUGGGGAAUAUUGACAGAGCGAGCAAAUGCGACGAUGUGCUUUUUGCAUUUUACCACGAAGAGGAAAACUACAAUAAGCGAGAUGAUUUGAUACGUGGCAUUUUUUUUUCAAAGUUAUUCAACACGUAACGAACUUUUUCAUAUUGAGGCACAAUCUUAGCUCAGUCUAGCUUAUGGGAGAAACUUGAUUAACGAGAGUUAUCUGGGCAACGCAUCAAAAAAUUCGAUAUUAUUUUUCAUUAAAAGAUUAUUUUUAUAACGCAGUUAUAAAAUAGAUGUAGAUUAUUACAUAAACAUUAAAAUUUGAAGGAUUCUUCAUUUUCUUAAA